GGAAAGUAGAAAGUAAAAAGAUAAAAAAGACAAUCAAAAAAAGAGAUUGGGAAGACAUUAUGUGUUGGAGUCAUCUAAGAGACGCCUUAAAAUUUCAUUAAAAACAUCGAAGACAUUUUAUAAAACAACCAGAAAGACAUUCGUGUAACGUUCUCUUAAAAAAACAUAUCUGUGAGACAUAGUGUCUCAUUAGACACAUAUGUUAUCUGGGAUGAUGAAAUAAAAAUUUGCAAUUGCGCAUGCUAUAUUUUGUCAAUCCGAUAAUACACCAAUAGCGUGCUCUUAUUAUAAUUCAUAUAUUCGAGAAUCGCAUAUACGCCUAUACGAGAAUCUAUUUCCUUUCACGCAAGUAGAAUGUAAACAACGGUUUAAAAAAUAUGCGUUACAAUAAAAUAAUAAUUUCGCUUUUUUAAUGCUCUCUUUGUUGUCCACUGUUAUUGUCCGUUAUUCCAUAACGGUUCCAGAGAGAGCGUUGUUUCCAAGGGAGACUAUUAUAUUACAGCUGCGAUGCUGUAAAGUGAUUAAUUACUUAUACCAAUAAGCUUGUAAAAUUGUUAUUGCACGUUCGUUACCUGCCGCUAAUCAGCGGCAACAAAAAGGCAUUAUUUAUAAAUAACUCCGUGUAUAGGAUUUUCCCUGUAAUUAAUAUAAGAUAUUAAUCCUAUUAUUUGUAUAACGGAAACAAUUAAAUACGCAAUGAUCGCGUUUUCGCAGUUUUCUAAUAAAAUCUCAUUCGAUCGAUACUUAACGCAAUUAAAUAAUAUAGAAUGUUACCAGUAUGUUUAAUCUUUCUCGUAUAAAUAUUGCGACAUUCGAAUUAAUUAAAAUGGCAUUUAAAUGUCAAAUAGAAAUUGUCAGCACAAGUGCCGCGAACGCGGCGCCAAUGUUUUCGCUUUAUUUUUCGAAAAUCUUGCAACAACGUACGAUAAAAUAGUUACAAAUCUUAUUGUCAUAUUAAUCGUUAUAUCAUCAAUUCUAUUAACUUGUCGUAUAAUGAAAUAGAUAAUCGAGAGACGCACAAUGCCAUUUCGUACCGAGUAAGUGUACCGAUACAAUAACGCCACGAGAUAUUAGAUAUUGCCUCUUCGAAACGUGCCUACAUUGCACAACUCGAAGGAUUACAUCGUAGCUGUAUUAUAUCUUCAUGUUAAUUGGGUUAAAUUUAAGUCGCUAUCUCGAAUAAUCAAGCAUGCGUAAUAAUUUGCGGAUGGCACGUGCACAGAAAAAUUAUUCGAUGUUUAUUCUACCUGUCCUUCGUCCGAACUAACUUACUAGUAAUAAGCAAACACAUUCUCAUGUGGAACAAGUGGGGACAGAGAGCGACAGAUUUGACACGAAUCGCUGAUAAGGAAAGCGCUGAUAAAGUGACAUAUAUAAUCUACGGCGCCAUGAAUGCGUUCUUAUUCCAUCUGAAAUGCAUUAAAAUUCGGGUGUCGUUAGGCUCGUGGAAAUUCGCCAUCUUCUCUGGUAGCAUUAGUGCGUUUCAUCGUUAUCUCUUCGUAGGAUAAGAAGAAAUAAAAGAUGGAGCAAUCCCGUGUUAAACGGUGGCCUCAAUAUCUAGCAGCGAUUACAGCUACUCUAUCGCUGGCAGCUACCGGAUCUCAUAUAGGCUGGACGUCACCCACCUUGCCAAUACUGAAAUCAUCCGAUUCCCAUGUCCCGAUAACGUCCGACGACGCCUCCUGGAUCGCUUCUUUCUACCUUUUGGGCACCAUUCCCGGAUGCAUCGUGGCGGCAUUGAUCGUAGAUCGGCUAGGUCGCAAGAUGAGCCUGCUGGUAGGCGGCAUACCUCUGUCUCUCUCGUUCAUUCUGAUCAUUAUAGCGUGGAAUCCCUACGUUCUCUACGCCGCUCGCGGUAUCGGUGGUAUCGGCCAGGGCAUAGCGUACGUCAUCUGUCCGAUGUACAUCGGCGAGAUCGCCGACAAGGAGAUCAGGGGUACCCUCGGCUCUUUCAUCAAGCUGAUGGUGACUUUCGGAGAGUUGUACGCUCACGCGAUCGGUCCGUUUGUCUCCUAUCAAUUGCUCGGUUACAGCUGCCUGCUCAUCCCGCUGGUAUUCUUCAUGAGCUUUCCCUGGAUGCCCGAGUCGCCGUAUUACUUACUGAUGAAGAAUCGCCAGAAAAACGCGUGGACGAACCUGAAACGUUUGAAACGUUGCGCUUCCCAGAAUCAGCUGGAGACGGACAUGGAGCAGAUGCAGAAGAUAGUCGUGCGCGAUCUCAGCGAUCGCGGCCGAUUCUGGGAUCUGUUCAGCACGCCUGGAAACCGACGCGCCGUCAUCAUCAGUAUCGGCCUGCAGUUCGUCCUUCAGUUCAGCGGCAUCGCCGCGGUCGAAUCGUACACUCAGGAGAUCCUCGAGGAAGGCGACGCGGGUCUGCCCGCGAGUAACUCCGUCAUCCUGUUGAGCGCACUUCAACUGAUCGCCGGCCUCGGAGCGGUGGUUCUGGUCGAUAAACUCGGCAGACGACCGUUACUCAUCACCACCUCUUUUCUAGCUGGAGUCGCCCUGACCAUCGCUGGUGUCUUUUAUCUCGUAAAAUGCCAAUUCGGCGUGGACACGCUCGGAUACGGCUGGCUGCUUCACUCCUCCGUGAUAUUCUACGAGCUUAUCAUCGCUUUGGGCCUGAAUCCGUUGUCCUACAUGAUGCUGGGCGAGCUGUUCCCGACAAAUGUCAAGGGCGCCGCCGUGUCGUUGGCCAAUCUGGUGUCUUCGUUGCUGGCCUUCAUCGUCUCCAAGAUGUAUCAAGUCAUCUCCGACAAUUUGGGAGUGUACGCGGCCUUCGGCUGGUUCGCCACCAGCUGCUACAUCGGCGUAUUCUUCAUCGCGCUGAUCGUUCCCGAAACCAAAGGCAAGUCGCUGCUGGAAAUUCAGGAGGAGCUCAACUACAAGGAGAUAAAAAAGAAGAGCGGUGCGAAAGGCGAGCAGCAAAUCCAACAAAUAAGUACGAUUGCUUAGGAUUAUGAUUGCUCGAUAGGCGCAAGUAAGGCCGCCGCGAUGCUUAUGAAGAAUUCACGCGGGAUAAUUUUUAAACGAUAGAAAUAAGCGAUGCGCGUUUCCUGGAUUAUGGGACGUUUGACAGGGAACCUUGAAGCGGCUGAUCGCCAUUCCGGUUACGUCCGGAUCGAUCAUAAAAGAGGGCGAGAGAUAUUUCCAACGAUCCUCGGUAAGAUCAAUUGCAAUAUUUGAAUACACAUUCGGAUUGACGUAUUUCGUAAUUACACAUUCGGAUUGACGUAAUUAAUUAGUAACGAGACGUUUUCGCUCGCAAAAUUUAAAUAGAAACGAAUUAUUACCGUUUGCAAAUCAUUCGAGAGAGCCGGAGAGCAUUCCCUGUCAAAGGUCGACGAUUUACACGCUCCUUCAUAGAAAAAAUUCGAAAGAAAAUUUCAAGACUCUCUAUGUUGCUAGUUACAGAGUCAGUCCCUUGCGUUUUGAUUUGAAUCUGCUUUACGAAUUUUUUUUAUUUUCUACACUUUACUGAAACUGAAUGAAUGGAAUUUGAAUCACAAUUUAAUUAUUAGAAUACGGAGAAAAGAUUCCUCAGAGAAAAGCUAGUUUAUAAGAUUUUAAUAGUUAAGAAAGGGCUCUUAUAUUCCAUUGAAGAAGGCGCUUCGAUUGAAGUAACGAGAUCGCCAAAGGAGCAUUUUCCCGAUCUAGAUAUCAUCGUGUGCGAUGUUAUAAUUAGAGAGAACUCGCGAUAAUGACGUAUAUCUGUUUGGAUUGCAUUAAUUUACACUUUAAACGCGCAAAUAGGUGCCUGUCAGUUGUGUAAACGUUUUAUUAAUUCGAGAGUGAUAUCUCACAGUUCAAACACCUUAAUUCAAAAACGCGUGUCGAAUUACGCAGAAUUCGACAGGAUAAUAAUGACGUAAAUUGUGCACUAUUAUUCUUUGUUAUCAUUAUAGCAACACGUGAAAGCCGAGUUUUAUUUAUACACAUAUUGCACGCAAGUCGAGUGGAAGACUUCAGCGUACGCAGCAGUUGCAGCAGUUGUCUGUUAUCGGAGUGUAUUUUUAUGUGUCAAAACAAAUAUGGUUCUUUAAGAACCGAUCAUUCAACUGCCGUGCUCGCUGAACGUUUUCUUUUGUAGCACUUGUAUAGGCGACUGUAUAUGGUCGUUGUUUGCUCGGUCGACUUUGAAACAUUAACUCGAUCGGCGAAAAAUCUCGAUUUGGCGAAGAAAUCUCGGCCGAAUAAUGCGAAUUUACAAUGUGUCCGGUGGUUUCCGAAGAAUCGUUUCAAGGGGAGCCGUUCCUUCGGAAGUCAUCGUGCAUUCAACGUGCGUUAUAGCUAGGGUCCCGAAUUAUGGAAGAGCAAUCUUGCAUGACCACCUUUACUCCCUUUUAGGCAGGGUUAAACUGAAGCUUGAGACUGAUAGUUUUUAAUUAAUCGUAAAGUAUUUAUUUGUCGCUAUGGCCGAGCUCCGAACAGGCACAAAGAUUUUCGCGGAAAAUUCCACGCGGAAAGAAUCCGUCGCCUUUAAUUCCGCACGAUAAUGUAUCUUUCGCGAUAAGAUAUAUCCUUGAACAAUUUUGCAUCUUGAACGUGAUCUGAACGUGAAGAAUCUCUGGUGGUAUACAACAAGAGUAAUUGAAGAUACAAUAAGAAAUAAAAUAAUAAUGGAGAGAGCGAGAGUGGGGUGCAAAGAAUCUCUGAAGAAGCAAAAGAUAUAAGGAAGGAAAUAGCAAAGUCCUGUUCGGCGCGACGCUAUGGCGAUUAGAAACAUCUUUCUUAUCCCUUUAAGGCAGGGUGCAAAGCAACACUUGAUAUAACGCUUACGAUUAAACGUUAUUGAAGAAUAGCGCGUGUGAUCCGCGCGUAACUCUCAAACGGGUAUACGCGCGCACGCCUAUAUGGCCCUGAUGCAAGAAGGAUUUAGACGAGCACUGUGGCAUGACUAACUUUUAUUUCCCUUUCAGGCAGGGUGAGAGACAUACGUACGUUAUAGAAAUAGCUUCGGCGUAGAAUAUAACUGGCCCGUUAUUAGAGUUAAAGACAACACUCGCGCACGUGUUCCGACAUGCGUGAUUAUAUACUUACCCGGAGUACCCGGGUUGCGUGCUCCCGCGUGUAAAUGGUCGUCAAUAAUAAACGGUCGUCCGAAACGUGGAAAAUCCCAAAUUGCUCUCACGAUCGACCUGAUGGCAGAUCCGCGCCCAAGGGGCAAGAAGGGAAGGGAAAGUUUAUUCUUGAUCCUGCCGACGCGAUCCACCUGUUACGUAGACCGAAGAACCUAGAUAUGUUUGAUGAGCAAACAGAGCGAAAGCGUUGAAUGAAUGGACAUCACAUUUCGUUACGAAAAUAAUUCGCGGACAGAGUCGGUUAUUCGCCUUUAUCAUUUACGGCCACGUUGCGCGCGCGGAGCGCGUUAUAUUUGAUAAGCUACACCUUAACUCGAGUGUCAAGUAUAUGUUCGUGCUAUUGCAUGACUCUCUACACGUCCCUUUUAGGCAGGGUUCAAACGCCAAUCGAACCUCCACCUCGAUCCCACAGAUUUCUACAAUGUAGAAGUUUGCAAUUGACGUUGACAAAUAAAGAAACUCACCGUUUUGAUCUGCAGA